UCAUACCAACGUACAGUAGUAUAAAAUGUGAAGUCCAUCGCUUUCGGCACACAGACAACAGGAUGUCUCUCCUAACACAGGUGAUCCUCGCUACAGUUGUGGCCUUCGUGGGUGCUCAGUGCCCCAGUGAUUUCUUUGAGGCUGGUGGCGGCUGCUUCGCUGUGAUCGACCAGCCAGGAACUAACCUAACAUGGGACGGGUGUCGCAAACUGUGCCAGGAUCUUACCACCACAGAGUGGGGCGUCGAUCUCGCCACCUUCGACGAUGCUGAACAACUUGAGGCGUUCUCCUUUACCUGGUUGACUGCUGGCGCCGCCUAUGAUCCCUAUCCCUACAUGUGGAUAGGUGUGAGUAAAGUGGACGGCGAGUGGGAGAUGUUAGGUGGGAAGCCUGUGUCCCUGCAGUCCAACAUGUGGCUUCCUGGUCACCCACACGAGAUGGGUACCGUAGUGUUCCUCGACGACAUCACUCUUGAGUCUGGCGAGGAGUCCUAUGGCCGCCAGUACUUCCAUUGUUCUAUGGGUUCGAUUGCUCAUCGUGAGCGCUGUUUGUGUCGAGCUCAGUAAACCCUCGAGUCAAUUUAACUCAACACCACAGUAGCACUUAAUUUCUGCAUGAGUUUGAUAAUAAAAUAUCUUCUAUGA